AAAUUAAUGUCAACGUCAUGCAUUAUAUAGCCUUUGCACAGUACCUAUAAUAAAUCUGCUUGAAUUCAUUUGUAUCGAGAAUAUAUAGUCAUGGCUAGUAUCUGCUUGGUAUUACUCACUAUUGUCCUGCUUGGACAAAUACUCGCCGACCGGCAAGUGUGCAAUAAUGGAGCUGUAAAGCUAUCUGAGGAAGGAGGUUUAUUUCCGAAUGAAAAGUAUAUACAGUUCUGCCAUGAUGGAGAGUGGCAUUCCCUGUGUACUGGUGGUGGAACAUGGUCAAGAGUGGAGGCCAAUGUUGUGUGUAGACAACUGGGACUCAGCGGCCAAGAUAUGGGAUAUAAAUUGUACAUGUCAUUGAAUUAUAAUUACAAUCACCAGGAGCCAAGAAAGGAGGUGAUACAACACCAACAGCUAAUCCACCCUACUUUAUGUUUGGUGACACAUCCUGGAGGGGAAAGUAACAUUGGAGAGUGCAGAAUUCAUACCAGUAAUACAUGUAGUGAAGUAGCUAAGCAUUUUGUGGACUGCUAAGAGAACUGAUUUUAAAGUAGGUUCUCUGUGAAUACUAAGAAGGCUACUAAGGAGUUAGCACUUAGCACUUAGCUGUGUAGAGUGUAGCAAUGGCUAGUGUACCAGUGGCUAGUGUAUCAAAGAGAACAAAAAGAAAGACUGGGGAAAAGUCCUCUGCCACAUGUGACCUUUGCUGUUGUGCUAUCAAAGAUGGGGAAAACAGCUUAACUUGUGAUGGUGUGUGCCAGAAGCAACUACACAGAUACUGUGCUGGAGUUACAGUCACUUGUCAUAAAAGGAUAAUAGAAAGCUCCUCUACCUUUGUUUGUCUCACCUGCACCCAAAAGAUGCACUCUACCAUUGUAAGCAAUCUCCAGGGAGAGAUAGAAACUCUCAAGAAUGAAUUGUCAAAUGUCAAGGCUUUGCUGCUUGAAGAAAAGAAUUUGUGUGACCCUGCACCGGCCAUGGAGGCUAUUGCCUCUCUCAGAAAUGAUCUUCAAAACCUCUGUACACAAGUUGAAACCCAGCCUAGUUCGUACGCAGAAGUUGUACUGUCACAGCCCCACCCUAUCGAAAAGAAAGUAGUCUUUAGACCCAACAAGAAUAUACCUCCAAAACCUAUUGAACUGAAACUCACGGAAUUAAAUGUGUCAAAAGGAAACAGAAAUAGAGUUAUGGUUGAAGGUGCAAGACGUAUCUGGGGAACUUUGAGAUCAGCUACCAAUAAAUCAAUCACUAACACGUUAGUGCAACUCACUAGCAUUGAAGCCUCUAAGAUGAAACUUAAGCGAAAAUCUAACACAACUAAAAGUAACAAGGAAAGGUGGUGGUUUGUGGUACAUAGUGACGAAGAGAUUCUGACCCAACUUGAAACCCAGAAAUGCACAGUUGAAUCGUGAGGUGAAAAUAAUCAAUCAAUCAUAAUGAAUCUUUGAGUCACAAAGGUAAGGAAUAUAUACUGUAAUGAAUACUGGGUCUUCUUGAAAGUUAUCUGUGGGGCUAUUGAGCAACUGUUAGAAUACCUAGAAUGUGUUAUUGUGUUUUCAGGGACUGAACACUACAAACAGAUCGCUUGCUGUGUAUAUACAUUAUACAAUCAGGCCGCAUGUGUACAUAUUGGCUCUGCAUGCAGUCACUGUAUUCAAAGAUUCAUUGUAUGUCCACGAAGAAUGAAAUUGCAACUGCUGUUGUUUGUCACUUUAAUGGCUAAUGGAUCUAGUGAUGACUGACUACAUGCAGUCAUAUCAUGCCUAUACUCUGAAAACUGUACAAAUGUUACCGUAUAGUAGGUAAUUUCGGUGCAAAAUUUCGUACAAACUGCCCUUUUUUCAUUUUCGUACAGCUCAGGAUAGUGACGUUGAACCUAUUGUGCCAAAAAAAUGUUGCAAUUUUAUUUUUCGGAGGUGCUCCACUGAUAAGAUGAAAAAUACAAACAUUUCCACCAUAUGAAAAUAACCCGCUAUACGGUAAUUGUCAUUGUGGUUGUCCAUUACCAAGAGUAGAACUUUUACCAAUUAUUUAUUGCACAUGCAAAAUUGUUCAGAACACUCUGCAGUGUAACACACAGUACACACACCACUCACAAUGUAUAGCCCUCAGUACACAAUAUAUAUUGGGGUAUGAGAUAAAGUAAACACCACCAUAAGAGAAAUAAGAAACCUUGUAUCUACAAGUCAUUCACUUUCAUUCAACGCCUACUCAGUUCAAAAAACUGUUGUGUUUGUGAGUUAACUAUGACAACAAAAGACGGGCAAAUGCAACACAUGAAAGUAUUACUACGUAACUAUAUAAUAAAGUCGACAAGUGUUAGCCUCUUCGCAGUACUUAAUAGAUCUGCUAGCAUUCACAAGUGUAUCAGAAUACUCAUGGUUAGUAUCUGCUUGGUACUACUCACUAUUGUCCUAGUUGGACAAAAUUUAAUAGUCACGGACGGGCAAAUGUGUAAUAAUGGAGCUAUAAAGCUAUCUGAAGGAAAAUUCCUUCCGAGAGAAAAGUAUGUCCAGUACUGCCAUGAUGGAGAAUGGCAUUGGCUGUGUACGGGUGGUGGAAGCUGGACAAGAGUGGAGGCCAACGUUGUGUGCAGACAACUGGGACUCAGCGACCAUGGAGCUAAUAGAGGAGGUGGUACAACGCUACCAGCAGCUGAUCAACCGCUCGCCUACUUUAUGAUUAAUGGCAGAUGUACUGGAGGGGAAAGUAACAUAGGAGAGUGCAAUAUUCAUACCAGUACAUGUAAUAAGAGUGCAGGAUGGGUAAGAUGUCAACCAGCCAACUGUAACAGUGGAGACAUAAGACUGGUGGGUGGUUCCACUAUCAGAGAGGGACGAGUGGACUUCUGUAUGCAGGGAUAUUGGGCAUCCAUCUGUUACAAUGAAGUGCUGGCAGGCACUGUUUGUAAAAUGUUAGGAUUUCCGAUCGAAGGAGCAAUGGUGCGAAGUACUAACUCUUCUAUUGUUCCAAAAGUUGAUUGUAGAGUGACAAAUGAUGAUACAAAACUGAUUUGCAAAGACACAGUGAAGAUGCUAGCUACAAGUGAUAUGGCGAGCUUAGUCAUUAAAUGUCAAACUCACAACUAUGCUGUACAAAAUACAACCAGUGCACUAGGAGCAGUGAUUGGACUUCUAAUACUACUAGAAGUAGGGACAGUCAUUGCGUGGGUGGCUUGUACUGUCACAAGGAAAAGGAACUCAAGUUCACCAAAACAAAGAGUUCUAAUACAAGUGAAUGAGAGCUACACUGACACAGCUCUAAUGGAACCGAGCUACAGUUCACUAGGUCCUAACUACAGUACAGUGACCACAAGCGAUAAAGCGAUUGGUGACUAUGAUGUCAUUGAUCAUAACAAGCAGAAACCAUCUAACCCACCACCAGUGAAGGUUGAGGCCAGUAAGAGUGAUGAUGAGUUCUACAACGCAGAGGCUCAUAUGUACGCAGCUGUCAAUAAGGAGAAAAAGAAUAAUGUUGGAGGAGAAUAAACCUUUCAACAACAGUUAUAAUUAUAGGCAAUAGCUAUAUGUAUAACAGUUUCAUAUAACUAUGGUAUGUAGAGAUACAGUCAUCAUACAGACAAUUUAAAUAAGUAGCUAUAAUUAUGGUUAAUACAUAAACCUUUGUGUAUGCAUCAUAUAACACUGAUUGUACAACAGUAAUCACAAUAUUUUUAUAGUUGAAUAUUUUCAA